AUGGCCCUGGCCCAAACUAUCAUUCAACAGCACGGCGACGUUGCUUCAAAACCAUCACGGGUGUUUGGAAAAGGCAAAGUAAUUCUUAGAAUUGGAAACGGAGGUGCAGGUGCCACGGGGCUGAUUGAAUCCCUCGCACUAGACUACCUGUCACUUAAAGGUAUUACGGGUUCUAUUGAAUGGAUUUGCAACCAUUCUCGGAACACGCAACUCGCUCUCUUCAACGGGUACAUCGAUAUUGCCCUUACAUACGAGCGCGAGCAGGAGAAUAUUGCUGUUUCCGAAGGCUGGGCUGAAAGCGCAGGUUGCAUUUUUCAUGAUCACUUCUGCUUGGUUGGACCGGAACAUGACCCGGCCAAUGUCAGACAUGCAAAGUCCAUUGAAGAAGCAUUUGAGAGAAUUCAUUCAACGAAAUCCCUGUUCCACAGCAGGAGUGAUGGCUCAGCCACUAUGAGUAAGGAGCGUGACAUAUGGCGUCGUUGCCACCGGUUUCCCUGGAACGAGAAAUCGGAGUGGUAUGUUCAAACCGAGUACAACCCAGCUGAUGCCGUGAGUAUUGCCACCGCUUCGGGAGCAUACUUGCUCAAUGACAGGUCGACACUUCUCUAUCAAGUAGGCCAUGGUGCCGCAGCCAAUUGCACUGUUUUCUUCGAACCUACAGAUCCCUUCCAUCCGCUCAUGAAUUCAUGUUACGCUCUCCAUGCUCCUCUGUCCACCCCGGGUCUUAAAAAAGAAUGUUCCUUGUUUAUUGACUAUCUGAAGUCAAGACGUGGUCAAGACGUGAUCGCGAAAUAUGGCGUGGAUAAAGCCGGAGUUCAGCUUUUUGCUCCUGUGGAGCAAGGGAUUGCCGAAACACGGCUAGUUGGAGGGCGGGUGAUAAAUGGCCGAUGGGUUGCAGGCAGACAGCCAUCGAAACUGUAG